AUGGACCGCAUGGGCCCGCCGCCGCCGUCGCCCGCGCCGCCGCCGCCGCCGGGAGCGACCGCCGACGCGGCGCGCGCCGCGGAGGCGCUGCGGCGCCGCGGCUACGUGGCGCUGGCGCGCGACGGCGCGACGGCGGCCCUCGCCGACGCGCUCCGCGCCGCCGUCGCGCGCGCAGAGGCCGCGUGCCCCACGAGCGCGCUGCAGAACUCGCGGCGCGCGUUGAACCUCGAGGCGUCGGACGCGGCGCUGCGCGCGGCCGUCGCGACCUACGUCGCGUCGAGCGGCGCCGGCGCGCUCGCGCGCGCCUACGUCGGCGGCGGCGCGCUCGAGGUGCAGGGCGUGCAGGACAUCCGCGUCGUCGCGCGCUGCGGGCCGCAGGAGCUCCACCGCGACCACCAGAUGGGCCCGCGCAAGGGCGCGGUGAUCGCGCUCAGCCUCGACGGCGCGCCGCUGGGCACGGAGUUCGUCGCCGGCACGCACCUCGUCGAGGAGGGGGCCGCGCUGUCGCGCUACGUCGCGGACAACCGCUACGCGACGAAGCGCGCGCCCAAGGCCGCGGCCAUGGAGCGCCACCUGCGGGCGGCGCGCCUCCUCGCGGCGGCGGAUGCGAGCCUCAUGGUCUACGACCCCUUCGUCUACCACCGCGGCGCCGCGGCCGCCGCCGCGAAGACGGGGGGGCGCGUCUUCGUCAUGCUCGGCGCCGCGGACCUCGCCGCCGCGGACAAGCGGGCCAUGCGCUCCACGAACGACAUCAAGCGGCCCUGGAAGACGAUGCUGGGCCAGCCGGGCGGCGAGGCCUACGACGCGCCGAGCGAGGGCCCCAGCGCCCUGUCGCACCUCCUGCGCGUCGUCAACGUGGGCCUGUCCGUCAUGAUGGCGGCGACGGGCGCGUCGAGCCUCGCGUCGUCGGGCGCGGUCAACGGCAACCAGCUGUCGCAGGACGUCGUGUCGCUCUACCUGCUGCUGUUCAGCGCCAUGUGGUUCACGUUCGAGGCGAGCCAGGUCUAUCCCUGCGACGCCGUCGUCGCGCAGCUGAAGCGCAACUUCGGGUUCCUCUACAACGCCAUCGGCAAGGCGCUCUUCGUCAUCUUCUGCGGCUUCCUGAACUUCGGCGUCCAGGCGCACACGCUGGGCCUCGUGACGGGCAUCCUGUGCUGCUGCGAGGGCGUCGUCCUCAUCGUGCUCUACCUGAACGCUCCCGCGGCGCCGUCCGCGGAAGGCGCGACCAUGCUCGCGUCCUGGCUCACGGGCACGGCGGCGACCGGCCGGUCCUACGACCUCGUCGCCGCGGCCCCCUUCGCGUUGGGGCUGCUCGUCAUGUCGCUCUCCGGCGCCAUCUACACCUGGGCCGUCCUCUCGUCGUCCCUCGGGGCGUCCCUGGGCCUCUCGACCACGGUCAUCGCCCGCUGCGGCACGUGCCUGAACGUGGGCACGUUCCUGUCCUUCUUGCCGGGGCUCGCGGCCGACGCGUGGGGGCCCAAGCCCGUGCUCCUCGGUGGCGCGCUCGCCGCGGGCGGCGGCUGGGGCGCGCUGUCGCUCCUCGCGACCUACGCGGCGGCGCGCGGCGGCAGUGCCGUCGCCGCCUGCGCCGGCGUCGCGCUCUUCUGCGUCGGCUUCGGGAGCUCGUGCAUGAUCACGGCGAGCCUCGUCUGCAACACGAACAACCACGGCGCCGCGGACCGCGGGCCCGCCGUCGCGGCGCUGCUCGCCUGCUUCUCCCUGUCGAGCGGCUUCUUCGGCGCCUGGCUCGCCGUCGUCUUCGCCUACGACGACGCGGCGUCGCUGCGCUUCCUGGCCUUCGCGACGCUCGUCGGCGGCACCGCGGGCGCGCUCGGCACCGCGGCCCUGGACCGGGCGGCGAAGGCGCCGCCGCGGCCGCACGCGGCGGCCUACGCGCGCGCCGGCGUCGUCGUCUUCGCCGCGAUCACGGCGGCGGGCGCGCUGGGCGCGUUCUCGGAGGCCGCGGACUGGGCGCUCGCGCUCGUCGCGGCCUCCGCCGUCGGCUUCCUCGCGGCGGUGUCGCUGGCGCUCCGCGUCCUCGGCGCGGCGCCCGACGUCGCCUACGGCGCCGCCGCGCCCGCGGACGCCGAGGACGCGGAGGCCGAGGCGCUCAUCGCGGGCGACGACGACGGCCUGCCCGCGCCGCCGAAGCGGAAGCGGCCGCGCUCGCUCCGCCUGUCCGAGGCCGCGGCGACGAAGGAGUACUGGCUGCUGGGCGCGGCCUUUGCGAUCGUCGCCGGCUCGGGCCUCGCGCUCCUGGACGAGGCCUCGGCGAUCGUCGACAGCGUCGAGGCCGACGACGACCCGGCGGCGACGACGCGCCUCGUCGCGCUCUUCGCGGCGGCGACGACGCUGUCGAAGCUCGCCGUCGGGGCCGCGGCGCGGGCCGUCGAGGCCGCGCGGAAGCGGGGGUCGCCGACGACGUGCGCCUUCGUCCUCGCCGUCGACGCCGCGUUCAUGGCGCUCGCCGUCGCGGGGCUCGCGGGCGCCGUGCGCCUCGGCUCGUCCGCGGGCGCGACGGCGGCGGCGGCCUUCGUCGGCGCGGGCUUCGGCGCGUCCUGGGUGCUCGCGCCGCUCGCGACGCGCGACGUCUUCGGGCCGGAGCACUACGGCGCGAUCCACGGGUCCUACUCGCUCCUGAUCGCCGCCGCGAGCUCCGCGCUCUACGCCCUGCUCGCCGCCGACGACGUCGCGGCCCACGCGACGGACGGCGGCAAGUGCUUCGACUCCUACGCGUGCCUCGCGGCGACCUUCGACGUCGUGAUCGUGCUCAACGUCGGCGCGGCGCUCUGCGCCGCGCUCCUCGAGAGCCACCUCCGCGCGCGGCCGUCGAAGAAUCCGCCGACGGUUGUGACUAAAUAA